AUGGAGGGUGUGAAGCAGUCCUGCGAGGAGCUGAUGGAGGUGAGCAGGCGGUGCCCGGGGCUGACGGGCCUGAGCAACCUGGGCAGCACGUGCUACAUGAACGCGGUCCUGCAGUGCCUCUGCAGCCUCCCGCCCCUGCUCCAGCACUUCCUCUCGGGGAGGCACCACGCAGCCCUGCACAAGGAGAAUGAUGAGUCUGUGACUGCCUUUAGCUGGCUGAUGUCUGAUAUCUGGCUUGGAGAAUAUGACUGCAUUUCCCCAGAGGUUUUUCAUUCAGUCUUUGAGAUGCGGCACCCCACCUUUAGCAAGAUAGCUCAGCAGGAUGCACAGGAGUUUCUGAUCUGUGUGCUGAACGAGCUCCAUGAGGCUCUCACGAAUUCAAGCAAAAGGCGCCGUUUAACCAGCGCAAAAGGAAGCAAAGGGAGUGUCAGUGAAACAUCUAUUAUCACCAAGCUGUUUGAGGGACAACUCAGUUACAGUAUCACGUGUCUGGAAUGCAAGACCACCAUCGACAGACCCGAGAGCUUCACCAUUCUCUCCCUGCCUGUCCCCUCCAAGAGCGUGUGCUCUCUGCAGGACUGUCUCAAAUGCUUCUUUCAGCAAGACAUACUGACUUGGAACAAUCAAAUCCACUGUUCCUCAUGUGGAAAAAAACAAGAUGCUGUCAUGAACACGACCCUAACCAAGACACCAGAGAUCAUUAUUUUUCACCUGAAGAGGUUUGAGUGGCAAGGCAAGCAGAGAAGGAAACUCUCAACUAAUGUCCACUAUCCCCUCAGCAAUCUGGAGCUCUCUCCCUACAGUUCCUCGCUUCUCUGUGAGGGUGCAGAGUACAGCUUGUGUGCUGUCGUGAACCACUCUGGUUUUCUGGAAAAUGGCCACUACACAGCGUUCUGCAAGCGCUCAGGCCCUGACAACUGGUACAGCUUUGAUGAUGCACAGAUCACCAAGAUCCCCAAAUCCUCAGUACAGACUGACACAGCUUAUCUCCUGUUCUACACCUGUGAAGACCACCUCAGCACCUAUCAAAAAUUUGCUUGCUGUGGAAAAUGA